ACACACACACACACACACACACACACACACACACACACACACACACUCUCACACUGGGGUGGAGUCCACUGCUUUUCUGCAGCUGAGAGUUUCAGGAGUUUCUGGAGUUUUUCGGUUCGACUCGGAGCCUUUCUCUGCGUCGUCAUGGUUACUACGGAGACCCACCAGAGCCAGGACCUCUUGGUCCCCCAGCAGAACCAGGACCAGCAGAACCAGGACCUCCAGGACCAGGACCUGGACCAGGUUUUCACCGUGUCAGCGCUGGAUCCCGAGGCCAUGACUCAGGGUCCAGUCAACGCCAUCACGGUCCUCACGCUGCUGGACAAGCUGGUCCACAUGCUGGACGCGGUCCAGGAGAACCAGGGCAAGAUGGAGGUGCACCAGGUGCAGAUGGAGGGUGUGGUGAGAGGGAUUCAGGCCGAUAUGACCAAACUGUCUAAGAGUCACAGCAUCACCUCCAACACGGUCAGCAAGCUGCUGGACAAGAGCCGCAGACUCUCCGUCACCAUGAAGGAGGUGCGUGAUAAGAUGGAGCGUCAGGGCGUCCAGGUGAAGAAGCUGGAGGCCAACCACGCCCACCUGAUCAGCAGGAACAACUUCAAGGUCCUCAUCUUCCAGGAGGAAACCGAGAUCCCGUCGACGGUUUUCGUGAAGGAUCCGCCUCCGUUCCCUCGCGAGGAGAUUCUGGAGGAAGUCGACGAGUCGAUGGCGGGUGUUGCCGACGGCAACCGUUCGGAGGAGGGGGGGUUGCACAGCAUCGACCUAUCAUCUGACGAGGAUGUCGGGCUGGAGGCGGAGCUAGAGGAAGAGGAGGCGUGGCCUCAAGAUCUGGAGAAUAACCCGGAGAAAUCCAGAACGGAGAAACUGAAACGCUCCAGUCUGAAGAAGGUGGACAGUCUGAAGAAGGCGUUCUCCAGGCAGAACAUCGAGAAGAAGAUGACGAAGAUCGGAACGAAGAUUGUUUCUCUGGAACAACGAGAUAAAAUCAAACAGAAGACCUCCAGUAUGUCCUUCAGCUUCGGCAAGCAUCGUAGCGGCUCCGACUCUCAUCCCACCGAAGCGUCUCUCCAGGAAGAGGAAGCGGUGAUCCCCGAGGAGACCGACGUCCAGCUGACCUCGCCGGGAAGCACCGACCAGGAAGUAGCCUCCACCGAACAGGAAGUAGCCUUCACCAAACAGGAAGUGUCCUUCACCGAAGUUCACGCCCAGCUGGCUCCGGCCGAGCAGGCAGAGAAAGAGGGAGAGGAAAAAGAGGAAAAGGAGAAGGGAGGUGAUGAAGAGGAGAAGGGAGGUGAUGAAGAGGAGAAGGGAGGUGAUGAAGAGAAGAAGGGGGGUGAUGAAGAGGAGAAGGGAGGUGAUGAAGAGGGUGAUGUGUCCGUGGUGUCUGAGGGAAUCGGGGCAGACUACGCCCUGUCCUCCACGCUGCCUCAGGAGGAGAACCAAUCAUAAACACUUCAACAUUUAGAGAAAUCUGAUUCUUCUUCUCUCUCCUUCUGAGCUGCUUGUUCAAGAUUGAGUCUGCUGAAUCACCAUGGCAACAACCUCCGGUAGACAACCAGCCGUUCAGAAUCACCGUGACAACAACCGCCGUACUUCUGUACUCUUUGGUAACGUUUAAAGAUAUAUAAACACGGAGGUCCCCCUAACAGACAGACAGACAGACAGACAGGUAGAGACAGACAGACAGACAGACAGACA